UUUUAUGGAGUCCGUGCCCCAGAGCAGGUCUUCCGGAAGUACCAGUGUCUUCUGGGGAACCCUGACAAGAAGCUCCAAAAUGAAAAUUCCCCCCAGGACAUCCCAAUGACCACCAGGAUAAGGAUCGUGCACUUCAUCCUGCGGAACACGGUGACACCUGACUUGGAGAAGCUGCACGGCCUGAUGAAGAAAAACGUGUUUGAGGCAGCGUUUCCCCUGCAUGAGAAGGAAGCUGUAAGGGAAUUCUCCAGGGACAACUGGGCUCGCUGGAGAGGUGUAUUUAACCAGCAGCCAAUUGAGAAGAUCAGGUGCUAUUUUGGUGAGAAGGUGGCCUUAUACUUCGCCUGGCUGGGCUGGUACACCUACCUGCUGGGUUUUGCUGCACUGGCUGGGGUGGUGACCUUCGUGGCUGGGAUUACUCUCUUCAGUUCCAGCCAGGUGAGCAGGGAGAUCUGUGAGGCCAACACCACCAUCAUGUGCCCGCUCUGUGACAAGAAGUGCCCCUACUGGGUCCUCUCCGACACCUGCACCUACGCCAAGGUCACUCACAUGAUUGACAACGAGGCCACAGUCCUUUUUGCCAUAUUCAUGGCCCUCUGGGCCACUGUGUUCCUGGAGCUGUGGAAGAGGCAGAGAGCCACUGUGGUCACCAACUGGAACCUAUACGGGUGGGAUGAGGAAGAGGAGGAGCUGGCUAUGGAACUGAUCAAUAACUUACAGCAUGAACCCCGGAAGUACCAGCACUCCUACUUCCGCAGCACCAUCAUCCUCCUCUUGGUCCUGCUGAUGAUCCUGGUGCUGAUCGGCAUCGCCCACGCGCUCGUCAUCUACCGCGUGAUCGCCACGGCGCUCUUCGCCCAGAGCGGCCUGGGGCUGCUGCGGGAGCAGGCCGACACCACGGCCGUCAUGACGGGGGCCGUGCUGCACUACCUCACCAUCGUCAUCAUGACCAAGAUCAACAGGCGCGUGGCCCUCUUCCUCUGCGACCUCGAGAAACCACGGAGCUUCUCGCAGCGGGAGAAAAACUUCACCAUGAAGAUUUUUACCUUCCAGUUCUUCACAAACUUCUCCUCGCUCAUCUACAUUGCCUUCUUCCUGGGACGGAUCAACGGCCGCCCAGGGCACUACGUGCGCAUCGCCGGCCGGUGGAGGCUGGAGGAGUGCCACCCCAGCGGAUGCAUCACUGACCUCUUCAUCCAGAUGGCCAUCAUCAUGCUGCUCAAGCAGACCAUCAGCAAUGUGAUGGAGUAUCUCAUCCCCUGGAUAAGCCACAAGCUACGCAAGAGCCAUAAGCGCCCCAAGAAGAGGAGUAUAUUUCUGGGAGAGGAGGAGGAGGCUGAGGACCCCUGCAAAAGGCAGUGGCUGAAGAACUAUGAGCUCAAUGAGGUCAACGUCUUCAGCUUGUUCGACGAGUUCUUGGAGAUGAUGAUCCAGUACAGCUUCACCACCAUCUUUGUCGCUGCCUUCCCCCUGGCCCCGCUCCUGGCGUUCUUCAACAACAUGUUCGAGAUCCACAUGGACGCCAUCAAGAUGGUGCGGCUGCACCGGCGCAUGGUGCCCAGGAGGGCCAACGACAUCGGGAUCUGGCUCCAGGUCCUGGAGGCCAUUGGCAUCCUGGCUGUCAUCGGGAACGGGCUGGUGAUUGCCAUCACCUCUGACUUCAUCCCCAUGCAGGUCUACAACUGCUCCACGGGGUACAUCAACCACAGCCUCUCCAUCUUCCACAUCCGGGAUUUCGAGCCUGACAUUGGUAUGCCUGAGAUGCUGCCAAACUUUGACAGGGACGAGAUCAAGGAGUGCAGGUACCGGGAUUACCGGAACGCCGACGACUACUCCUACACCAUGCAGUUCUGGCACGUCUUGGCAGCCCGGCUUGCCUUCCUCAUCAUCUUCGAGCACGUGGCUCUGUGUGUCAAGCUGAUCGCAGCCUGGUACAUCCCCGACGUCCCCCAGAAGGUCAAGAAUGAGCUUCUGUGCAGAAAACACACUGACCUGCGUAAAGAACUGAGCAUGAUGGAGUACUCCACCGAGGUGUAGCCACCGCUCACCCAGGAGAAGGAGAACACGGACUUGAGCCCCCUCCCCAGCCUGGCAGUGCCAGGGGUGCUGGAUGAACCCCCAGCACAGUGCCACGUGUGACUGAGCUGGACUUGAACUGGGAAGUGAUGCCCAGACAGUGGCUUUGCAGGAGCAGGAUGCUUUCCGACUUGGAAAGGAAGGACGCUGUGGCAGAGCUGGGAUGUGCCUCCCCUGCACACGGAGUAGCUGGGACAGAGCUGUGGCGCUGGGGACAAACCUGGGGGCAGCACCCGGCUGGGCUGCAGGAGGUGACCUAAGUCCUCCUCACUCGCUGCCUUAAGCACAGGAAACACCAGUUACCUCAUUCCAGGUUCCCUCUCCAGGCCUUUUUUUGCACUUUGGCCUCUUUUUCCACUGCCUUCCGUGACCUCCCCAUUCCGCACCACUGGGGAACAUGAGUCCCUCUUUCACUGCAGUCCUCCUCGGCAUGAUUCCCACGUGGCUGCAGCUCUGACCUGCUGUUUCCCUAGAAAAAAUGCUGUUGUUAUCCUGACUGAGUUUAGCUCCAGGCUCAGCCGAGUCCUGACAGUUGUGCCUGGCCCAACUACCACCAGCAAACAGUAAAUAAACACAACCCACACGCGGACACACAGACUUUCACCUGCUGCCUGGUGUUGCUCCUGCCUUCCUCCUCUGCCAUCCCCAACACCCAAAGAAACUGUGCCCCAAAACCUUUCCUUGUCUCACUGGGGACAAUCGUG